UGAGUCCCAGAGAGGGCUGAGAAGCAGCGUGAGGGGUGGUGAGAGUCUGGAGGAGAGGUGGACAAAACCAAGGAGCAGACAGAGAAGGCUUGUGGGUCACAGAGCCACUCAGCCAUGCUGGGAGCAAAGCGACACUGGCCACCAGGUCCCUCACUCAACCCCUGGCUGACCUUGGCCCUGACCCUUAUGGCCCUGAGGACAGGGUGGGCCCAGGAGGGGACAGAGCCAGUCCUCCUGGAAGGUGAGUGCCUGGUGGUCUGUGAGCCCAGCCGAGCUGCUGCAGGGGGGCCAGGGGGAGCAGCCCUGGGAGAGGCACCCCCUGGAAGAGUGGCAUUUGCUGCAGUCCGAAGCCACCACCACGAGCCAGCAGGGGAGAUCGGCAAUGGCACCAGUGGAGCCAUAUACUUCGACCAGGUCCUGGUGAACGAGGGCGGUGGCUUUGACCGGGCCUCAGGCUCCUUCGUGGCCCCUGUCCGGGGCGUCUACAGUUUCCGGUUCCAUGUGGUGAAGGUGUACAACCGCCAGACUGUCCAGGUAAGCCUGAUGCUGAACACAUGGCCUGUCAUCUCAGCCUUUGCCAACGACCCAGACGUGACCCGGGAGGCAGCCACCAGCUCUGUGCUACUGCCCCUGGACCCCGGGGACCGGGUAUCUCUGCGCCUGCGUCGAGGGAACCUGCUGGGUGGCUGGAAAUAUUCAAGCUUCUCUGGCUUCCUCAUUUUCCCACUCUGAGGACUCAAGCCUUUCAAGGAAGGAAAUCUAGCCCCUGACCCCUGCCCUCUGCCCUCUCCUGCCCCAGAAGUAGCAUCUGCAGGGCAGGAGAGAGCCUCCCUCUGGCUGCCUUUAUUCCACGUCCUUGCAUGGGACCCUGUGCCAAACAUCCAAGGUGAAGAGUAGAGCUCUGGUGUCUCAGGACCUGCCCCUCUUCACCUGCCCCUCACAGUUGCCUCUCACGGCAUCUCUUUCUGCCUGCAGCCCUAGGAUCAGGGCAGGGUUUGGCAGGUAGGGAGGCCUGUGCUACUUUGCAGACUCUGCUCCUCCUGUCCCCCCAACUCCAACCCAGCUUCCUGCUCAGUGCUAUUUGGGAACAGGUGGUACAGGUGAGCCUGACAGGCCCCUACAGGGGACCAGAUGGACCAGCCUCAGCAUACCCAGCAGGCUCCUUCCUGUGAGGAGUGCCAGCAUCACAGAUCUCGGCCAGCACAGUCAGAAGCUGAGCCAGCACUGUGUGGACUAGAGCAGGAGGGAGACUCAGCCAGUAGCAGAACUGUGGGGAGGGCCACAGGGCAGCCCAGAGCCUGUGGCUGGUGCGGCAGGAAGGGGGCAUGCACCCAGCCUGAACACAGUAUACAUUUUUCAUGUACAUUGGGGCAGCCAGCAGACGGUGAACCCGGCGCCUAUUUGUGGAAGAUCCCAGAUGGACUCUGGCCCUCAUCUCCCCACCCAAGACAUGGGUGUGUAUGUUUGCUUUGGCCGAUAGUGGGUAUACAAAUGUUCCUUUGGCAGCUGGAGGUGGAGGUAGGUCACAUGUGGGCAAUUGUAGAUCUCCAGGCAUGGAACACAUCAAGACCGUGGCCCCCUCCUAGAACUGCUCCACCUUUGUAGUCUCAAGUUCAAUCACUUCAUGCUCUGACCACCACCUCCUUCCUCCCAGCUCUCUCAGGGACCUUCACUGUACCUGUCCCACACUAUCCCACAACCUCUCUUCUUUCUCCUGAUUUGUGCUGUCUUAUCCUCCUCCUUAAAAUUCCUUGGAUUCCAUAAUUCAUCCUUUCAACCACUCUCCUGUCAGUAUUAUAAACUCUGUCUCACCUCUCUGUCCCAUUGGCCCAGCAUGGAUGAAUCUAUCAAUAAAGUAAUUAGAAAUGAU